AUUUCAUAUGUAUCACAUUGUAUUGAAAUUUCAAAUUCGAAGUGUUCUAAAUGCACAAUUUGGCACUCCAGAAAUGAUAAUGGAACUUUGUGUGACGAGCAUGUGGUUUGGUGGGUGCUUUUUAUUAUUAUUUUAUUUGCCAUUUUUGUGAUAAUAAUAUUUAUAUUGUCGUUUGUAUUAACUAUAAAACACAUUGACAACAAAAUGCAUCAAAAAGAAAUUGCGAAGACAACAACACUCUUUAAAAUAAGUCACUCAAACAUCACUUUUAUUCAACUUGGUGAUGACGUUGUUGUUAAUAGAACCGAACUUAAUUUUGGUGAUCAAAUUGAUGUCGACACACAACAGCGAGAACUUCUGUGUGUUGGGAACACCUCAAAGCACAACAUGAAAAUUCAAAUCACAACAAAAAGUGCGACAAUUAAAAAAUACGAAUUUGACUCAAAUCCAAAGAUAAUUGUUUUACCAAGUGGCGAAGCUUGUGAGUUUGAGAUAUUAUUAACAUUAAAUUGCACUACUAAUAUUAACCAAAGUAUUAUGUUAGUCACAAACUUAUUUACAAAAAGAAAUGAUGUCAUUAAAAAAUUAACAAUUACAGCAACUUCAAAAUUGACGACACGACUCGAUCCGGACGAGUUACAAGAAGACAACAUACUUGGUGAAGGAUCUUUUGGAAUUGUUUACAAAGGGAAAUACAGGAAUAAUGAUGUCGUUAUCAAAAAGAUGAAACUGUGUAAUAAUAAUGACAUUAUUGACGAUUUUACAAAAGAAGUUGCAAUGUUGGACAAAUUUCGAAGUGAGUUUAUCGUCCAUUUCUAUGGUGCCGUAUUUAUACCAAAUAAAAUUUGUAUGGUCACUGAAUUAGCAAAAUUUGGAAGCUUACAAGACUUGAUGAACAAUAAAAAUAGUGAAGAAAUUGAUAUGAAAUUGAGAGUAAAAUUUAUAAUAGAUGCAGCAAGAGGAAUACAAUAUUUACACUCAAAUGAUAUUUUACACAGAGAUAUCAAGCCAGACAAUGUCUUAGUGUUCUCACUUGAUUUAAACAACAAAGUGAAUGCUAAGUUGACUGAUUUUGGAGCAAGUCGAAAUGUCAACAUGUUGAUGACUAACAUGACAUUCACUAAAGGAGUUGGAACACCUAAAUAUAUGGCACCUGAAAUCUUGAACAAAGAGCAUUACAAAAAACCAGCAGAUGUCUAUUCGUUUGCUAUUACAACGCUUGAAUGCUUUUUGUGGGGUGAGGCGUUCCCAAAAAGUACUUACAUAUUUCCAUGGACUAUUGCAGAUGAUGUAGCUUCUGGAAAAAGACCAAUAACCAUUAAAACGCUUGAUGAGAAGUACAGAAAUGUUAUCGAAAAGUGUUGGAAACAAAAUACUCAAGAGAGAUGUACUAUUAUUGAAAUCAUUGAUGAACUUAAAACAAUAAUUUAA